CAACAUGGCGCCGCAGGAGGCGGGUUCUGCUCGCCGGCUCUGAUGGUUCCGGCGCUGAGCAUUUUGGUUCCGGAGUAACUGUGCUCUCGCAGCCGCCUUUCUCCUUCUCCUCCCUCCGCUGCCGCCGCCGGUACGCAGGGCCUCGGGCGGCCGGGGCUGAGCCCGCGUGCGCUGCGCCCUGUGGCUCGGCUUGGGGCAGAGGACUCUCGCGAUCCUCCCGUGGAGGGUCUCCCACCCUCGGCGUUCUGUAUUCUGGCGGCCCCGCGGCUUCUUCCUAACAGCCUUGGACUGAGUCCCUUUCAGUCUGGGACAUCCCCCCCGCCCCGUCGCCCUCUAAGGAGGAGUGGACACCUGCCGCUGUAUUCCCGUAAAACGGGGGUUUUUCUCUGCCGAUUCCUCACACCCACACUGACGGCCGAGAGCUGCACUGUCCCGUUUUGCCUUCUUUUCCCGACUCUAGAACCUCUUGACCUCCGCUAGUUACUACUGCUCCCUGCCCCUAGCCCCGUCCACGCUCACAAGGGAGACAUCCCACAACCCCAUACAGCCUGGGCCUGGGUCGGCGCCUGCGGGCCCCUUCUUGAUCACUCCACCUUUCUGAUACCCCUCACCCUCUGUCCUCUUACUCUCGGUCCGCUUGCCACCCCUUGGAGCCUCCGCCUAAUCAGGGGCUAUGGAUACCCCCUACCCCGCGAUGUGAGCCCCUUAAACCUGUAAUGCUGUGGCUGGCCUUUGGCCCCUUUCAUACCAUGGAGAACCAGGUGCUGGUGAUUCGCAUCAAGAUCCCAAAUAGGGGCGCGGUGGACUGGACAGUGAACUCCGGGCCGCAGUUACUCUUCAGGGAUGUACUGGAUGUGAUAGGCCAGGUUCUGCCUGAAGCAACAACCACAGCAUUUGAAUAUGAAGAUGAAGAUGGUGAUCGAAUUACAGUGAGAAGUGAUGAAGAAAUGAAGGCAAUGCUGUCAUAUUAUUAUUCCACAGUAAUGGAACAGCAAGUAAAUGGACAGCUAAUAGAGCCUCUGCAGAUAUUUCCAAGAGCCUGCAAGCCUCCUGGGGAACGGAACAUACAUGGCCUGAAGGUGAAUACCCGGGCUGGACCCUCUCAGCACAGCAGCCCAGCAGUCUCGGAUGCACUUCCAAGCAAUAGCUUAAAGAAGUCUUCUGCUGAACUGAAAAAAAUAUUAGCCAAUGGCCAGAUGAAUGAACAAGACAUACGAUAUCGAGACACUCUUGGUCAUGGCAACGGAGGCACAGUCUACAAAGCAUAUCAUGUCCCAAGUGGGAAAACACUAGCUGUAAAGGUCAUACUACUAGAUAUUACACUGGAACUUCAGAAGCAAAUUAUGUCUGAAUUGGAAAUUCUUUAUAAGUGUGAUUCUUCAUAUAUCAUAGGGUUUUAUGGUGCAUUUUUUGUAGAAAACAGAAUUUCAAUAUGUACAGAAUUCAUGGAUGGGGGAUCUUUGGAUGUGUACCGAAAAAUCCCAGAGCACGUCCUCGGAAGGAUUGCAGUAGCUGUUGUUAAAGGCCUUACCUAUUUGUGGAGUUUGAAGAUUUUACAUAGAGAUGUGAAGCCCUCCAAUAUGCUAGUGAACACAAGAGGACAGGUCAAGCUGUGUGAUUUUGGAGUUAGCACUCAGCUGGUGAAUUCUAUAGCCAAGACGUAUGUUGGAACAAAUGCUUAUAUGGCACCUGAAAGAAUUUCAGGGGAGCAGUAUGGAAUCCAUUCUGAUGUGUGGAGCUUAGGAAUCUCUUUCAUGGAGCUUGCUCUUGGGAGGUUUCCAUAUCCUCAGAUUCAGAAAAACCAGGGAUCUUUAAUGCCUCUCCAGCUUCUGCAGUGCAUUGUUGAUGAGGAUUCGCCCGUCCUUCCGGUUGGAGAGUUCUCCGAGCCAUUUGUACAUUUCAUCACUCAGUGCAUGCGAAAACAGCCAAAAGAAAGGCCGGCACCUGAGGAAUUGAUGAGUAUGAGUUCCUUGCAGGUGGUUCAUGAUCUUAGAACUUGCCGCCUGACUUGGUUCUGUGCUACUGGCAUUCAGGGCCACCCGUUCAUCGUGCAGUUCAACGAUGGGAAUGCCACCGUGGUGUCCAUGUGGGUGUGCAGGGCGCUGGAGGAGAGGCGGAGCCAGCAGGGGCCCCCCUGAGGCCUCAGUGGGGUGCUGAAAGCCAGGACUGGUCACCAAGGGGAAAGCCCACCUGUCACGCCCCCCUUCCGUUUGCUGUCUGCAGCAGAAGAGCUUUGCUGGGCCCGAGCCUCCUUGCUCUCACCCUCGGCUGUGCCGACAGACGCCCUUGCCUGUGCCUAGGGAGCCCUCCCGGUGGCCAGCCCUCACGGCGGGAGCCCUCGCCUCUCCAGUCGGGAGGUAUUGACUGCGGGGGGGUCGAGGGUUGGAGGCAUCGAGAACAGAGGCCUCCUCUGCCACCGCCCCUCUUCCUUCUUGCUAACACUUUUUUGUAAAGGGUCAGGUGCCAUCAGCAUCACUGGUGGGAAUAAAAAGUAUUACCGCUUUGUGA